AUGUCUGCAGAUGCGACCAGGCGGGGACCCGGGGAGAAAGAGGUAGCCGAGUCGGCAGGACCUGCACCAAAACCCAGUGACUCUGAGGAGCAAGAUGUUGAAGUAGGACGAGAGCCCAUCAACAUUGAUCGUAUCGAGAAGGUGUAUAGUAAGCUCGAUCGACGGAUAUUGCCAGCUUUCUGGAUCCUCUACUUCCUUUGCUCCGCCAUCCGGUCUAAUGUAGGGCUGGCACAGACGAUGAACAUUGGACAAGGUCAUGAUCUCGCUUCAGAGCUUAACUUGACACCCAAGCAAGUCUCGACUGGUUUGGCCUUGUUCUAUGUCUGUUACGUUAUCUUCGAUAUGCCUUCGAACUUGGUCAUGUCUAGAGCAAGCCCUCAUGUCUGGAUGAGCAGGAUAGUUACCGGAGUCGGCAUCAUUGGCAUUGGCCUGACUGGUAUGAAAGCGGCGUGGAGCUUCUACCUUCUUCGCCUCUUGCUUGGUAUAGUCAUUGCAGGCAUGUGGCCUGGCAUGUCGUACUACCUCACGCUAUUCUACCCACCAUCAAGGACUGGUAAGCGUAUUGGUCGCUACUUCACCGCCUCCCAAGUGUCUGCCGCUGUAGUCGGUCUUGUCUCUGCCGGCUUUCAAGAGAUGGACGGCUUGGGCGGCCUCGUAGGCUUUCAGUGGAUGUUCCUGCUCUACGGUAUCAUUGGAACUCUUGUUGGUAUCUCGCUCCUCUGGUGGCUUCCAGAUCGCCCUCUAGCCCCAGGUGAAGUCCGCGAGAAAUCAGGUUGGCGCAAAUGGAUACCUGACAGCAAACCUGCCCUAACUGGGGAGGAUGCGCGAAUCCAUUACGAAGAUUUGACUCGCGUGUACCGCCGCAAGGUGUGGACCAUGAAGGACCUCUGGCAUGUUGUCAUCGACUGGCGUUUAUGGCCUUUGGUCGUCAUGUACUUUGGUGUCGUGGGAGUCGGUAUUGGAACGCAAGCGUAUGCUUCAGUCAUUAUUCGCGGCAUCAAUCCUGAUCUUUCAGGCAUUGACCUUUCGCUGCUGACCGCUCCCAUCUGGAUUAUGGAUCUCAUCGCUAUCCUAAUCUUCACCCCACUGUCAGACCGGUUCCAUCAUCACCGCGCCGCCUUUUUCAGCUUCGCAGUGCUCAUUCAGAUUGGUGGACUCCUCAUGACCACUUUCGGAGGCGGUGCUAAAUCCUGGACCCGCUACGGUGGGCUGCUUCUCGUUGGCUUUGGCCUUGGUCCCACGGUGCCCAUCUGCAUGACCUGGACGAACGAAAUCUUCCAGCCGCGCCACGGCGAAGUCGGUGUCGCCGCCGCAUCUGCCCUCGUGUCCGGACUGGGUAACCUUGGGUCCAUCCUCACUACUUACGCGUUGUACACUGGAUGGCCUGAGGAUGCGAAGGGCCCACACAAGUACCGCAAGAGUAAUCUUGUCAUGAUUGGGAUACUUUGUGGAAGUAUUCUCGCUGCAGGGACAAUGGUGAUGUUGCUACGCCUGUUUGGGGACGGUAUGUCGAGGGAUGGCAAUGGUGGUGAGUUUGUAGAUGGAGCGGCGAGGAGAGAGGUCGAGCAGAGAGGAUUUAGGAAGAUGUUGCGCUUCAAGCGAUAA